UUCGGCUCGCGGAGGCGGCGGCGGCUUCUCCUCCUACUCCGUCGAGAUGGAGAUGAAGAGGCGGCUCACGCUGGAGCUGCGGAACAAGAAGCCCGGGGAGGUGAAGGAACUGGUCCUGGAUAACUGCCGCUCUGAAGAUGGACGGAUCGUGGGUCUGUCCUCGGACUUUGACAGCCUGGAGUUCCUCAGCAUGAUCAACAUCAACCUGCUGUCUGUCUCCAACCUCCCCAAGCUCAGCAGGCUCCGCAAGCUGGAGCUGAGUGACAACCGAAUCUGUGGUGGCUUGGAAGUGCUAGCCGAGAGAACCCCAAACCUGACUCACUUGAACCUGAGUGGCAAUAAAAUCAAGGACAUCAACACCUUAGAGCCUUUGAAGAAGCUGCCGAACUUACGCAGCCUGGACCUCUUCAACUGUGAGGUGACCAUGUUGAUCAACUACCGGGAGAGCAUGUUUGGCCUCCUGCCCCAGCUCACCUACCUGGACGGUUUUGAUGUAGACGACCAAGAAGCCCCUGACUCGGACCCCGAGGUUGACGGGGAGGGUCUGGACGAUGAGUACGAUGAGAAUGGUGAAGGCGAGGAAGAGGAGGAGGACGACGAGGACGAAUUCGACGAAGAAGUUGUCGAUGACGAAGAUGAUGAUGAAGACGACGACGAUUUGGACGGCGAAGAGGAAGAGGAUGGUGUCGAUGACGAGGAUGAGGAUGAGGAUGAGGACGGAGAAGACGAUGAGGAUGAGGACGGAGAGGAAGACCUCCCCCAAGGAGAAAAGAGAAAACGAGACUUGGAAGAUGAAGGAGAGGAGGAUCCUGAGGACGAGGAUGAGGAUGACUGAGCCAGCUAUCCAAGCAAUCAGUUCUGUGGACUCUACCUGCAUUUUGUCUCCCUUCCUAUCCCAUCUCACACACACACACACACAUGCACACACGCACAUGCACACCCCCCACCCCCUCCUUAUUAUAUGGCUGCAGCAGCAAUAUAUAUAUAUAUAUACAUAUAUAUAUAUAAUUUUUUUUUGGAUGCAGAGUUGCCAAGCGGUCAGGGGAUCCCUAUGUAUGGAGUUCGUUCUCAUAACCAAAGUUUUCCUCCAUUUUGGUGGCUUUUGGGGCAACAAUUCAUUGGAUCUUAAUUUUAUUUUUUUAAAACUUCAUAGCCUCAAACCUCUUGUUGCCAAUAGUCAGCUUGACUUUGUGUACUCAGAACAGGCCAGUGCCCCUCCC